UCAAAAACCUGCAAAAAAAAGUGAGUAGUCUGUACGUUAUAAAAGGGAUAAAUGAAAGCAUGUUAAAAAUUGUGCAAAGGCGUAAUUUUCCUCAGAUAUUACACUAAAAUAUGUAAACUACGAGGUCAGUGAUAGCGAUUGUGUGUAUAAAAUGAAAGUCAUUAUUUAAAGGAAGUGUUGAACUGGAACAGUUAGACGGCAGGCGCUGUGGCUUCUUAAAUAUAGAAAAACAACUUGAUGCACUUAUAAAUAAAUGGCGUUCAAGGUCAAAGUGUUAUACGAUUUCGAAGGAGAAGCGGCGAAUGGCGAACUCACUAUCAGCGAAAACGAAAUUCUGACCGUUACGGACCAGAAUGUCGGUGAUGGAUGGUGGGAAGGAGUUAACGCGUCUGGAAAAAAAGGAUUGUUUCCUGAAUCAUACGUUGAGACAAUAACCAACAAUGCUCCAUCAGUGGUCCCAAAGGCUCCUCUUCGUUCACAGAGUACAGUAUCUGGUGAUGAUAGUUGGGAUGAUGAAACAGAUGGUGAAAAUGAGCCAGCAUCUAUAGGGUCUAGCAGCACCAGCAAUUCUUUAGAAGUCAAUGGUGAAGCUAGAUUAAGGUCAAUGACUUCAGGCAAGACAAUGAAGAAAAGCUUCAACAGAUUUUCAGUAUUUGUGAAGUCAGGAGGAGAAUCCUUUUUACUUGGGACAACAGCAGUUGAAAAUAACUCAAUAAAAGCCAAUGAUGUGGCGUUAAUUGUGGAAACCAGUGAAGGUGUGCGAUGGGAGGCAAUACAAGAUCCAUUCACUUGUCUUGUCACUCAACCAGAGAAGAAAAGUAAAUUUAAAGGAAUGAAGCAUUUUAUUGCAUACAACGUCACUCCAUCUAGUACAAAUGUUGCUGUAAGUCGUCGAUUCAAGCAUUUUGAUUGGCUCUACGAUAGAUUGGUGGAGAAAUUCACGUGUUUGUCAAUUCCUCGAAUACCUGAGAAGCAAAUUACAGGAAAAUAUGCCGAGGACUUCGUCGAGAAACGCCGUGAAAGAUUGGAAAAAUGGUUAAACCGUUUAUGUCGUCAUCCUCUGAUCUCAAACAGCGAAGUUUUCCAGCAUUUUCUUUUAUGCAAAGACGAUGAAAAGUUAUGGAAAGCUGGUAAACGAAAAGCCGAGAACGACAAGUUAUGUGGCGCUGCAUUCUUUCUUACAGUUCGCUGUCCUAGAACAAAUACAAAUAUAGACGAAGCAGAUGUGAAAAUUGAAGAAUUUUCGCUGUUCGUAAAGUCAAUGGAACAAAGCGUCCAUAGAUUUCUUGAAAGAUUCGAGUCUCUUUCUGUCAAGUAUACAGGAGUUUUCCAGAGCUCUUUUAAAAAGUUUGGUUCGUCGUUCACAAAUCUUAGUUCAGUAUUUGAACAACAUGGAAGCUCAAAUCGUCAUCCUUUAACUGACGCGAUUGCUCACACUGGACGAACAUUUGAUGAAAUUGGAGAUUUAUAUAAUGAACAGCCUCAAGUGGAUUUUAUUCCUUUCAUGGAGGAUCUUCACGAAUAUUCAGGAAUUUUAUCCACGUUUCCAGAAUUAAUUCAUGUUCACAAGUCCACCGUUGAAAAAGUGAAAGAUUGUGAAAAAAAACAAAAUGAACCGGAUAGCGAUGGGGCAAUACUAGAUGAAGUGUCAAAUCGAGCUAAUGUCAUUACAAACGUUAUGUUUUCGGAAAUAGAUCUGUUUCAUCAGCAACGAAUUGCUGACUAUAAAAAUAUGAUGCAACAAUUCUUACGUCAAGAAAUUCAGUUCUAUCAAGGGAUCGUGAAAAAGUUACAGGACUCAUUGCAAAUGUACGAAAAUGUAGUCUGAUGCUCAAUACUUCAUGUUACACAUGUCGCUAUUUACUUCAAUAUUACACAACAUGUAGUACUUUGAUAUAUACGCAGUAAAAGUUUAACCUCUUUAGUUAUUGUUAUUCAUAAAUCCAUCUCUAUUCAUAUUCGUAAAUACUUUUUGAUACAUUUUAAUUUUGCCAAAGUACUGGUUUAGGUAUUUUCACGUUCAUGUAAAUAAAUUGUAAACUUUGUCAAUAUAGUGUUUUGAUAACAUUUA